UUCAGUGGCCGGAGAGAGCGAGCUGGCGAUCAGGGCGAGAGGGUAGGCCCGACCAUGCCGCGUUGCUCUCCCACGUCCCAUCCUCCUCGCCGCUCCGCCACCCUCGCCACUGGCGUCGCAUUUAUAUGGGGAGAGGGGGCUUUCGUGGAUGGCCUCCACCUCUUCUUCCUGCGCCCUUCCUGCCGAGUCGUCAGACCUAACAAGGCGAUCCGGAGGAGGAGGAAGAGGAGGAGUUGUUCGUUGGUAUCGAGGUGCUUGUGAUCUUUGGGCCUAGGUUCAUCAGGGUCUGCUUAGAGGGGAGAGGAGGUCGCCAUGGAUCCUCAAAGGAAGGCCGUGCUUGAGAAUGAAUUCUUUACGGAGUAUGGUGAAGCAAGCAGAUACCAUGUACAAGAGGUCAUUGGCAAAGGAAGUUAUGGGGUAGUUGGGGCUGCAAUCGACACCCAUACUGGAGAGAAGGUGGCAAUCAAGAAGAUCAAUGAUGUAUUCGAGCAUAUUUCUGAUGCCACUAGAAUUCUAAGAGAAAUCAAGCUGCUUAGGCUGCUCCGCCAUCCUGACAUUGUAGAAAUCAAGCAUAUAAUGCUUCCUCCAUCUCGAAGGGAGUUUAAGGAUAUUUAUGUUGUUUUUGAGUUGAUGGAGUCAGACCUUCAUCAGGUUAUAAAGGCAAAUGAUGAUCUGACACCUGAACACCAUCAGUUCUUUUUAUACCAACUACUUCGAGCUCUUAAGUAUAUCCAUGCAGCAAAUGUGUUUCACCGAGAUCUAAAACCCAAAAACAUACUUGCCAAUGCUGACUGCAAGCUGAAAAUCUGUGAUUUUGGUCUUGCCCGUGUAGCUUUUAAUGAUGCACCAUCAGCUAUAUUUUGGACUGACUAUGUAGCAACAAGGUGGUAUCGUGCUCCUGAAUUAUGUGGCUCAUUUUUCUCUAAAUAUACACCCGCGAUUGAUAUCUGGAGCAUAGGAUGCAUAUUUGCAGAAAUGCUAACAGGGAAACCUGUGUUCCCAGGCAAGAAUGUGGUGCAUCAGUUGGAUCUCAUGACUGAUCUGCUUGGCACACCUUCAGCUGAAUCUAUUGCCAGGAUCCGAAAUGAGAAGGCUAGGAGAUAUUUAAGUAAUAUGCGGAAGAAGCCAACAAUUCCUUUCUCUCAGAAGUUUCCUGGUGUGGAUCCUUUGGCUCUCCAUUUACUGGAGCGCCUACUUGCAUUUGAUCCUAAAGAUCGGCCUACUGCUGAAGAGUCACUUUCCGAUCCUUAUUUCCGAGGUCUGUCAAAUGUUGAUCGUGAACCUUCAACACAACCUAUCUCAAAACUUGAGUUUGAGUUUGAAAGGAGGAAAUUGACAAAGGACGAUGUGCGAGAACUAAUCUAUCGAGAGAUCUUGGAGUAUCAUCCUCAGAUGCUGCAGGAGUAUCUCCGUGGUGCAGAUCAAACUAACUUUAUGUACCCUAGUGGUGUUGAUCGCUUCAAGCGCCAAUUUGCUCAUCUUGAAGAGCAUUAUGGUAAAGGGGACAGAAGCACUCCACUCCAACGGCAACAUGCUUCCUUGCCAAGGGAGAGGAUUGGUGCAAAUAAAGACAGCAUUGCUGAUCGAAAUAAUGAAUUUGAAGGGCGAAGUGUUGAAUCUGUUGCUCGCAGUACCCUCGAAAGCCCUACAAAGUCACAGCAAGGUGUGAGGUCAGAUCAGUCAUCAGUCGCUGAUGGACUAAGCAAGUCAAAACACAGUGCACGUAGCUUGUUGAAGAGUGAAAGCAUCAGUGCUUCCAAGUGUGUAGUUGUCAAACAAAGGAAGGAUAAACAAGAGGAAUCAGGAUCUGAGGCCACAGAUCAGGUGGUUGAUGGAUUGUCCCACAAGUUGGCUCAGUUAUAUUCUUGAGACUUGUUCAUUUGGUGAAUUGGGAGAACAAUGUCAGGCACAUAGAAACGACCGCCGAGGCUCAAGCUCAGAUCAGGUUGUCAGACGUCUCGAUGAACACUGUAAUAUCCUCUGUUCGAGUUACAAUACCUCUUAUACGAUCACAUUUUUCACGUCCCACCGUGUUCUGUGCUCUUAUUGUUGCUGAAAGAUCAGCAUUCCUUUUAUUAUUUUGACUGUGUUAACACUCAGAAAAGCAAACAAAAAUGUCAUUUAAUUUGCAUUUGUCCAGUUGAUUCCUCCUAGAUUUUCUUCAUUGCCAUUCUCAGGUGGAAAAUGUACUGA